UGGCAGCAUGCAGGAAAAAUGAAAAUGAGGUUUAGUAGGGUUGGCCGCGCCCACUUCAAAUGAUCCAAUGAGCUUCCCCGGUGAAAGAUACACUUCCUGUUUACUUCCGCCUUUUGUCUGAGCCGUACGCCAGCCAUGCGUUUCCGAUUCUGUGGAGAUUUAGACUGCCCCGAUUGGGUGCUUGCCGAAAUCAGCACGCUGGCGAAGAUUUCUAGUGUCAAGAUGAAACUCCUUUGUGCUCAAGUACUAAAAGGUCUCCUCGAGGAGGGGAUUGAUUAUGACAAAAUCACAAAGCUUACAGCUGAUGCAAAGUUUGACAGUGGAGACAUAAAAGCCAGCGUGGCCGUGCUCAGCUUCAUUUUGUCCAGCGCGGCGAAGCACGAUGUCGACAGUGAGUCGUUGUCCAGUGAACUGCAGCAGCUCGGCCUGCCUAAAGAACACACAAUGGCGCUGUGCAAGUCAUACGAAGAUAAACAUUCUGCAGUGCAAGAAAAAUUGAGAGAGAGCAGCUUGCGAUUGGGCCGACUGGAGGCGGUCUCCUGGCGUGUGGACUACACUCUCAGCUCCAGCGAGAUGAAGGAGGUCAACCAAGCGGUCGUUCAGCUGAAGCUGCAGGCCCAAGGGGCCGAGUCGGGCGUCUCGGAAAGCACUCUCGUCUCGGUUUCUGCCGACAAGUUCAGAGUCUUGCUUUCAGAGCUCAAGCAAGCCCAGGCUAUGAUGAAUGCUUUACAAUGACCAAGAGAAUCAAAUCCUGCCUUCUUGACUUCAAAAUCAGACAAAUGGCAGAUUACAUUUUUUGGGGGGGGAAGAAGGGGGCAGGGGGAUUUCUAUGAUUAAAUGUUCCUUGAACUAAUAUUUAGCUGUAUUUUUUGCAUUCAUAGUAUAAUUUUAACAAA